UCUGCCAACAGCAGAGCACGGCUCUUCCUUUUACUCUUGGAUCAUCCUUGCGCGCAGGAGUUCAGUUCCUCGGUACCUCUCCUGGAGCACAAGAGCAUUCACCACCAACAGCCGCAUUAUUUCCGUGUUCAUAUUCGCGUUAAAUCAUCGAGUGUGUCAACGACAAUCAGAAGCCCUGCAAAGGCUUUGAUCAAAAAAUAAAAAAAAAAAAUUCAAACUCCAACUGUUUAUUCUAAAAUUAAUCAAUCGUGUUUGAUGAUUAUCCAGAAGUAAUCGUAAAGAAAGUAUCAACAUAUGCAGUGAUUAAAAAAUCAAAUCAAUAUAUAAAAUAAGGAUGAUUUAUUAAUUGAUGACUGAUCUGAGGAUUAAAUUGGGGUUGGGACAGUGAAGCUGUGGACUGAAAAGUGUCUGGUAUUGUGAUUGAGACAGUUUUAAUUGAAGGAAAAGGAGAAAAAUACAAUGGGAGGCAGAUACAAGCACCUGCAAAUACUCACGUGGAUCCUGAUGAUCGGAAGCAUCGACCAGUGCUGGUCCACAGGUUUAGAAACAACCGAAGCAGAGAGAGCAAAUGGUGAAACAAUUCUGGAGGAUGCAACUGAAGACUACUGGGCAGGAAGUGGUUCAGGCCCCGAGGAGGACGAGACAAAUCGAACAGAAACACGAGAAGCCCUUACCCACGAGGCCAGUGAUCAGGAUGCUGUGGUGUAUGUGGGGGAGGGUGCGUCGUAUGUGCCGGUACCGGCCCUCAAGAGACCUCUCAGUCCGAAUCUUCAGGCCCUUCAGACCCUCCAGGGGUUGCAGGCACUUGGGGGUGGCGGCGGGGGUGGAAGUGGUCCUGGUAGCUCUGAUGACGAGUGGGGAAGACAUCCUGAAACUUGGGACCGAGAGCACAGGAGAUAUAGACCGAACACCACCAGAGUUCAACAUAUCGAGGCUGAGUGUCAGGACGACUACAUGAAGAUAAGAAUCGGCUUCAAUGGCUCCUUCGCGGGUCUAUUAUAUUCCGCUGGCUACUCUUACGAUCCUGACUGCAUGUACGUCAAUGGUACUGGCCGGGAUUACUACGAGUUUUACAUACAGCUAAAUCGUUGUGGCACCCUCGGUGAGAACACCCACCAUCAGGACAGUAGAAAAAAUCCAACGAAGAAUCUCAUGUGGAAUACUGUUACUGUGCAGUAUAAUCCGCUCAUUGAGGAGGAGUUUGAUGAGCAUUUCAAAGUAACGUGCGAGUAUGGAUACGACUUCUGGAAGACUGUGACUUUUCCAUUUCUCGAUGUUGAAGUUGCGACGGGGAAUCCGGUAGUAUUCACACUGCAACCACCGGAAUGCUACAUGGAGAUAAGAUAUGGGUAUGGAACGACGGGAACGAGAGUUGCAGGUCCUGUGAGAGUUGGAGAUCCUCUGACACUCAUAAUUUACAUGAGGAGUAAGUACGACGGUUUUGAUAUCGUCGUCAACGACUGCUAUGCGCAUAACGGUGGCAACAAGAGGAUCCAGCUGAUCGAUCAAUACGGAUGUCCAGUUGACGACAAAUUGAUCAGCAGGUUCAGAGGUUCAUGGUCGGAGAGCGGUCUUUUCGAGACUCAAGUCUUCGCCUACAUGAAGACGUUCAGGUUCACGGGUUCUCCAGCACUUUAUAUCGAGUGCGAUGUGAGGAUGUGUCAUGGAAGGUGUCCGAGUCAACCCUGUCACUGGAGAAAUUCCAAGAACGUUGCCAAAAGAUCGUUGGCCCUUGGCGGUCCUACGACUCCAGCAACGAGUUUAUCGGAGAAUGUUAAUCUAUUCCAGUCACUGCGGGUGCUCCAGGAGGGCGAGGCAGAACCUGAAAUCUUCCAGAAUUCAACGGCCUCGCUGCACAAUGGACCCAGCGAAUCACCCCCCGGCGACAGAGUCUGUCUACGAUCAACGGUAGUGAGUACAAUAGUCGGUCUUGGAUGUGCCGUAAUCUGCAUAAUGAUUGGUACUCUCCUCGCCCUUUGCUCGCGAAUACGACGUGCAGCGAGAGAAAAAUUACUGAGCGACAGUCUCAGCUACAUGACUCACAAAGGUCGAAUUAAUUAACUCCCCAGAAGCCUAAAAUAAGACGAUAAUAAUUUCAACGAAAUAAUUCACCACCGAGUGAGUGAGGAAUCCCAUCUUGAUAAAGAUCUUCACUAAAUUAUAUUUUUUACGAGGAAACAAGAAAUCUAGACACGAGUGUGGAAUCAGAGAAGCGGACAAGUGAUCUGUGUUAACCGCAGCCACUGGAUCAACUCCGCGUCCGGUUUACACGCAAUGAGAAAACACUAAUUACGAUUGUUUAAUUAAGGGUUCUCUGCUUUACGAGAGUUUGCCAUUUACUUGGAUUUGCAUUCAGUUCCAAGCCAAUGGCCCUUCGAAGGAUCUACCGACUCACUUGAUACGCAAUCGACGGCAAUUAAUGUUCAAUUAACGAAAUAGGAAGAAUAAUCGAUGAACAUGAUCGGAAAUAAAGAAAAACAUGUGGGCUAAAAUUUGAUACAAAGAGUUUCAGCUUUCUGAAAAAAAUUCUAUCGAAUUUCUAUUGAUAUUUUAUGAGCAUUAUACUACAGAAUUCUAUGCGUUUAUCACACUUCACAAUCACAUGGACUGGCUUGAGAUUGCACGUGAUGUCGGUUCAAUAAACUAUUAAUUAAAAUAAUAUAAUAAAUAAUAAUGACACGUAGACAUGCGAUCCAGCAAGACUGCGAGAUGAAACGAGAGAAAAUAAUUUAAGAUGUGCCUUCUAAAAGUUAACGAAAAUCACAAAUUCAGAGAUAUAAAUUUUAAUGUAGUUAUCUUAAUCAAACAGUUAUCCUCGAGUUUAUCUGCAUCGUAUCGAUAUUCACAUAAGCCCAUAAUACAUUAGUUAUUAUCAUGCAUUAACGAAUCAAUUGCGACGCCUCAUUUUCAUGCUAAAAGGAACGAACGAAUUGGAAUGGAAAUAAUUUAAGUGCCUCGACGUUUGAACACGGCCAGUGAGGAUUAAGUAAUAUUUCGAGUGAAAGCUCACACGAGACAGGAGUCACGCCCAACGAGUUAGGGUUAUUCUUUAUUGCCGCAAAGUUAAAAAAAAAAUGUGAGGGAGGGAAAAAUAAUUAGUGACGAGUGAAAUUAGUGAUCAUGUUCUCUUGUGAAAAUAUUAAUUUCCCCUCCUGGCUGUUCUUGGGUUCAAGGAAAUUCAUGAUCUAUUUCAUUAAUUUUUCACGAGCUUUUUUUACCUCGGUUACAAAUUCCUGUACAUAUAGUCUUAUUGGCGAACAAUUUUAAAUAGGUCGUAGUUUUUAAUUACUAUAACCAAUGUAUGAGUUUAAUUACAGCAUGAGUGUAUCAAUGACGAUUUUCAAUAAAGUAGAAUUGAUACGA